AGGUAAUAAAAAUAUUUGUUUAUCGACGUGAUGUUUUUCUAUAUAGAAUUAAAGGGUUAAUUAAAAUUCCAGCAACGAAUUCAUUUAACUGUAUAUUUUAUUCAACGUAGUGCGCAUCCAGAUAAAUACAAGAUCAAGAAUAUGACAGUCAUGAAACGGAGGCUGGCAAGCACAGAAUCUAUUCAUCAUAUCUGGGAUGCUAUAGUUUCUGUCAGGGCACAGAAACAGAUUCCAAAUCUGGAACGUAUAUCAAAUUAUAUGCGGCGUAAACAUAAUAUCAGCCCUGCUGAACUUGAAAAACAACUCUCAUAUGCAGUUCAGGAUAGUCUGAUAGAAAUGAAGAAAAGUGUUGGGUAUAAAGGUUCCAAGGUUGGAAUUGAACAAGAAGCAUACAGAAUCCCUGAAAAAAAUGUUCAAAGAGAUGGUCAUGAUUGGUACUGCUUUGAAUGUCAUAAGGAAGGUGAAGUUCUGUAUUGUUCAACUUGUCAUAGAGUCUAUCAUGAGGCAUGCUUGAAAGAACCACUCGGAGAAUCUGAAAAACUGGUGUGUGAAGUGUGCAAAAUGAUCAAGUCAAAAGAUGCUUUUAAGUUAAAAAGAGAUGAUUUGAAUCUCUUGUUGGGCUAUACUUGCCUUAGGUUAAAAGAAAAAGUAUGCAAUAGUCGUGAAUUACAUAAGGUUCAUCAUAAGAAUGAUGAAAAAUGGCGUUAUGAUUUUUUGAUAUAUGAAAAAAUGGAUUUGUCUAUCAUUGAAGAUAAAACACAAGAUAAUGUUUAUAAACGCCUUGAAGAAUUCCAGGCAGAUGUUCAAACAUUGGUCCACAAUGUUGUUCUUUACUAUGGAGUUCAUAGCACUUUAGCUGAUAGGACUCGACAAAUGCUGAGAGACUGCCGUUAUGACUUGGGAGAAAUUAGACAAUGCAGAGAUUGUUACAGAACAUCAAAUGAAAAGCGUGACAGGUUUUGGUUUUGCCAGCCUUGCGACCCACCUCAUGAACUAGUUUAUGCAAAACAGAAAGGAUAUCCUUACUGGCCAGCUAAAGUAAUACGUAUAAACAAUGGUGUGCAUGAUGUUAGAUUUUUUGGAGGUUAUCAUCAAAGAGCAAAUAUUGAAAAAGAUCAUAUCAAGCCCAUAACAACAAGCUUACAACAGUUACAAUUAAAAAGAACUGCUGGCUUGAAUAAAGCUCUUGAAGAACUGAAGCGCCAUCAGCAACUUUUAGGUCAAACACCAAAUAAAGAUUUAUCUCCAAAGAAAGCUAAGAACAAUCCUUCACGUCCUCCAUCAGCAAGUUCAUCUCGCUCUAACUCAGGGUCAAGAUCAAGGUCACGAAAAGGAUCAGUGUCUAGUGAAGAGAUGUCUGAAAAUGAGGUUGAAGAUGGGAACUCAUCCCAGGAUGAAUGUCCUUCAUCUUCAUCUCCUAAAACAGCUCGUUUUAAAGAUGCCCCGACACCUGAAGAUCAUAAUGUUGUUUCAUCUUCCUGCCAAGAAUCAUCACCAAGUGCAAAAGUUACUGUUUCAACACAAACUCAUAAAAAACUUUUAGCAGCUCUUAUACCACCCAAGCCAGCAAAAGUGGAAGAGAAGGAAACUCCACCAUCAUGUGAUUGUGAACAGAAAUACAGUAAAAUGUUCAAGGAAUUUAAAGAGCGCCUUGAAGCUGAACAGAAAGAAGAAAAAGAAAGGUCACUUAGAGAAUUAGCUGAGCGACUAAGGCAAGAUUUUGAAGAAGAGAAACAAAGGGUUGUGGCUGCAGCUUUGGAAAAAGCUCAACUUGAAUUGGGUGAAGCCAAAAGGAAAUCUGAAGAACAACUCAGAGCUGCACAACAAAUGGAAGUAUCUGAAUUAAUGGAUCGCCAUAGAAUGGAGGUUUCUGAAAUAAAGAAAAAACAAUGGUGUUAUAAUUGUGAAGCUGAAGCUAUCUACCACUGUUGCUGGAAUACAUCAUACUGCAGUGUGGAUUGCCAGCAGGUUCACUGGCACAAAGAACACAAACGUACUUGCCGAAGAAAGCGGUAAUAUCGUCCAGAUUUCAUCAUAAAAAUGUUUGGCGAUUUUUGAGGGAAACAAGUUUUUGCCAAAGCCCGUUCUUUCAUCACAUAGCUACAUUUCAUUCAUUUUGAGGUCUUCUGUGAACACCAAUGCAAUCGUAUUCAUUCAUACCAUAAGGGGAGGAAAGACUAGAAUUAAAUAAUAAAAAAAACCCACAAAAACUGUGAAUGUCAUUAAUUAAAGUUCAGUGCUUGAUUGCUACAAAUUUAACUUGAUUUUCAGUUUUUUAACUUUUAUGAUAAUAAAUGUGAAGUCAUUUUAAUAUGCUUAUUACGUAGCAUUAGCACUGUGACCACACGAGUUUGACAUUCCAGGUAAUUCUUUAUAAUGUGAAUAUAAACAUUGGAUCUCUGACAUUUUGCAUAUUUUCAGAGAGUGAUGUUAUCCUUGUUCGUUAAUAUUUACAUAGUGUGAAGUAGGUAGUGCUUUUUUAAGCAGUAGGAAGACUUUUCUUAUAGAGUUAUAUAUAAACAUAUAUAAAUAUAUAGUAUUAUUAAUAUGUGCAGCAAGAGCAGAGUAGGAGUAGAAUUGUAAUUUUUUUUUAUUGGUUAUGGUUAUGUGGACAAAAUGCUUGCCUUUUGUGCAUGUAAUUAUUUACAUGCACUCUUAGUACUCUCUUAGUAAUUAUUUAAUACUCUUAAUUAAUACUGUUAGUAAUUAUUUAAUAAAUACUGUUUUUAACUAUAUUGGCUGAAGUUUGAAUUUUGUUAAGAUAUGUGGUAAGGUAUUCGUGAGCUACCAUUUAAGUGAUGACUUUGAAAGAAUAAAAAUUAAGUGAUGGAGAAGUAGCUGCUGUUUGUUAACUAGAAAUUAAAAAUCAAGAUACUGCACAGCUACCAAAUUUGUGCUUUGGAAUCAAGCUUAAAUGUGUUCUGGCAUAUAAUAAACACAGGCUGAAGUAAGACUCUGGUUUCCAAGGAUAAAACUAAUUUUUGAGAUCUUGGAUUAUCAUCAAAGAUGAAGAUUGCGCGCAUUUAAAAAAGUAAAUUCCACAGAGCAUCCUUGAAUUGAAAAUGUCACUUUUUGGAAACUGAAGGGCUGUGUUUAUGACAAAUGAUAUUUUAAACAGAAGCUUGUUUUAAUUUUUAUAUAGAUGUGUUAUUGUUUUAUUUGAAGUCAUAUGUAAUUGAAACAUAGUUAAUCAGAUUUGUUUUAAUUUGCCCUGCAGUAACUUUCAUUAUGUUUAAAAAUUGAUGUUGUGGUAUUAAUGCGUAGCCGUCUUUUCAGUUUCAGUGCUUGAAAGAGCAAUUCUGUUUGAAGUCAGUUUUCAAAGUAGAUCAAAGUCAUUCCCAUCAUACUUCAUUACUGUCAUUGGUAUCAAAGUAGGUUCUAGGGAUGUGUGCUUGAGUUGAUUUGUCUUUGUAAGCAAAUAAAUGCUUAAUCGAGUAAAAAACUAGCUUCAAGAAUAAAUUAAUAUUUUCAUCGCGUAUUAACUCAGGUCACUUUUUAAAUCCAGCUAGCUGUAUGUACAUAAUUAUAUGAAAACAAUAAAUGUUUUUAUGAAAGCUAGUUGUCAUUUGAAUUCUUGAGGAGCAAAAAGUCUGCUUUCUUUCUGAUUUUGUCACCUUUAACAUCGUCAUAAAUGUUAUUUGAUAUUUAACUCUUUCAGUAAAUUUUUUGCAUGCAAAAAUUAUAUAUACAUAUUUAAACAGUUAAAAUUAAUUGUUUAUUUGCUUAAUCGAUGAAAUUUAAGUUCCUAAUAACUUUGUAAACUUAGAUCAAAAGUUGUAGUUGUGCUUAAUAUGAAUUAAACUUUGUAGAAUGUAUUUUUAAAAAUCAGAAACUUAAUGAAAACUGUGAUUUGUUCUGGAAAUCCAGAUAAAGCUGUGAAAAUUGUUAUUCCUCUAAGUAAUAAGUUGUCUGAUUUUUGUAUGUAAUUAGUAAUGAGUAUGUAUGUAUUAACGAGCAAUUUUUUCCUCAUCAAUAAUAUCAAAAUUGAAGACAUUAAUGAAUGUUUUUCACAUAAAAGAUAUUAUAAUUAAAGACUACAUUAUUCGAUUAGCAUUAGUGGUACUAAGAAAACGGAAAAUAUCUGGAGAAGUAAUUAUCGUAAUUACGUUAACAAUGUCUAAAAUUAAAUUGCAUAAAUAUGAACAAAAUGGCUGAUAGGUGCAAAAAAAGUACCGUUGACAUUUAAUAAAUGAAAAUAAAAAUUUCAUUGCAUUGCAAAUUGAAUUUAUGUGUUCAACAGUCAAUUAUGCAAAUAAAAAAAAAAAAAAAACUAGUGAUAACUUUGUGGUUUUUCCCCAUUAGAGUGAUGACUUUUGAAAUAAAUACGAGCCGACUUUUUAAUUGUUCAUUCUCCAACUUCAGCAGAAAGAUUAGCAUUUAAACAUAAUAUUAAAAAGAUAAAAGGGGAAGAAAUUUUCACAAUAUUAAAUGUAUUACGACCACAGUCAUGAUGAAAUCACAUUAUAAAACAUUCAUUAUUAGACAUAUUGGCAUAGUGAGGUGUGAGAUAAAUUGUAUUUUAAUGUAUGCUAAUUUAUGUAAUUAAUGAAGUUAUAACUAGAACCAUAAUGCCGAGUGCUUUAUUUACUCAUUAUAGGAGAUUACAAUAUAACUUGCAUAAACUACCAUUUUAAAUGCUUUAAUAAUAGUUGUUAAACCUUUUAGAUCUUAAUUUCUUAGAGCUAAGUAAGUUGUGCCUAGUUGAUUAAACUAUUUGUAAUAAUAAUUUAUUGUUAUAAUAGGCAGUAAUAAACAUUUGGAGCUUAAUUUUACGUAUUCUUUAUGUUAAGAUUCUUUAUUUGUAUAUCAAGUUCUUUAAAUAUAUUCUAUUUAAUUGAAAAAUUCCUCAAAUUUUAUUAAAAGAAACUCCAGAUGUCAAUUUAAAAAAGUGUAAUAAGCAUGUACAAUUACUAUUUAUUAUGUACUUUCAAUAAUAAGUUACUUCAUUUUGAAUUAAAAGCCUACUUCUGGUAAUUUAUUUGCUAAAAUGUCAAUAAUGAGAAAAAUUUUGUUUUAAUUUUCUCAGUUGAAGAUGUAACAUAAACAAGUUGGAACAUAAUUUAUGUAUUAAUUUUCAAACAUUAAAAUGUGAAGGAGAUGUAUAACUAGGAAUGGAUUAAUUUACUGAAGUAAAAAAUGUUACAUAACAUAUAAAACAUCCAGUGUGCAGUUAUACUAAACCCCAGUUUGAAUAGUGGCCUGUAUAGUGAAGUUUUUCCAUUUUGAUUUGUAUUAGUUUGCUAAAUCAUAUAUUUUGGAAUCAGGUAGAUUAGAUUUGCUGAAUGAAAUGGAAAGAAUGAAAAGGAAUUUCCUCUCUUCUGCUUAUUGUAUUUGUUAAAUUAGGUAAACUAUAGACUGAACACAUAAACAGGCCUUGAUAUGUAAAGGCUAUAAUUUUUAAUAUCAAAACAAUAAGCAUGCCCAAAUUUUUACAGUAGUUACAUAGACUGAAGAAAUUUCUGAUGAUAUUGCUUAUAAUUGCCACAUUUGAUGUAUAGCAUCAUCAAGAUGGUCAUUUAGUUUCAAACACACAUGCUGAAGUGUUUCUGGUGCGAUGCAAUGGACAGCUGCAAUCCUGAAGAUUAUUCAGGGUUGUGGAUAGUGAAAGUAUAUAAAUCUUUCCCUUGAUGAACCUCCAAAAGUAAUGGCUGCACUUUGUUAAAUCCAAUGGUCUUAGGGAUCACUUGCAAGAAUGCUGAGCAUUGGGUUCAACUUGUCAUGUCCAUUGGUUUGACGGGUUGUUUCCCUUCAAACAGGUUGUCCAACGGGCUUUCUUAAUGAAAGCAGAUCACAAUACAGCUUGCUUUGGUAAGUUUUACCAUGCACCAUACUUCUUAACUGUGGGGUAAGUGUCAUUUUUGAUGUCAUAGCCAUCAAGCUACUCAUGUCAGAAGCAACAGUUCUUAAAAGAAGAGUUUAAACAAAAUUUCAUCAAAAUAUUUCAGUAACUAUUAAUUAUAUGACAUCUUGAAAUCAGAGACUAUUUUUAUGCUCAUCCUGUAUUGCAAAGAAGUAAGAACAGUUCUUUUUUAAAGGUCUGGAUAAAUAUUUGUCACGUACACUGAUUUCGUUUCUUAUGUGUAUGUUGCUUCCAUUUUAUUCAUACCAUAGCAGCCAGAAUAGGUUUGGAAAAGUUACUGCAACAUAAACUAAGAUAUGAGUUCAUUGAUGUAAAAUCCAAAUCAUAUAUGUACAUAAAAUCAGUGCAUUAAGAGUGUUUUUUUUGGGGGGGGUGAGGGGAUACCUGUUUUUAAUAGAAAUUGUACACAUUGAUAUGCAUUUCUUGUAUUCUAUGUGAAUUAAAUUUUAAUUCUAAUUGUAUAUUGCAUUAAUUUAAUAUUACUGUCCAUAUUUCUCAUUUAGUUAAUUUGUUUUUAUAAAGAUGUGUUAAGUAAUUGAAUAGUAAGAUAAGCUUGUACAUUAAGAUUUUGGUUUUAUCAUUUUUUGAUAAACUUUUUUCAUUUUUGCCUUUUAUAUUGAUUGAAAGAUUUGUCUAUUCUAAAAUGUACACCAGAAUGUCCUCGAUAAUCAGUAUUUUUUUAUAUUUAGUUAUUUCUUUUAGGAGCGAGACAGCUAUUUUAUCAUGUAUUUAUAACAUGUUUUCCUAUUGAUUUUAUCAUGCAUUUAGCUUAUACUUUAAACCUUGAAGCAAAAUUUUAUGUGAAUAUAUUGCUGAUAGACAAGUGUUGAGUUGGAAACUGCAUAUUUUUAUGAAAUAUUUGGCAAGUGUUAUUUAUAAUAUUAUGUGGUCCACAGUUUGAAAACCAUUGAUGUACGUGAUAAUGCAAUGUCGUUCCUUAUUUCAUGUUUUACAAUUUAGUCUCUCUAACAUUUGAUCUUUGUAUAUAUUUAUUAUUUUAUAUCUAGUCUAUGUGGUAAACAUCUUUCGACUGAAGUCAUGAUAUAUGUUUCUUCAUCUGUUGUUAUAAUUCAUAUUUAUAGAAUUAUUUCACUUGGUGCUGAUUAAGGAUAAUUUAUGUUCAUGUAAUAGGUGAAUAUUCAAAAUAUUAAAAAUGAGAUUUUGAUGUAGAAGAAAAUAAUCACCAUAUAUUUAAUAAUGUCCUUUUCCUUAUUGUAAAUCAAGAGAUUGUCUGUAAUUAGAAAAGCUCUUCAAAUGAAAACUUUGGUAUUAAAUGUCUAAGUAAUUGUAAAAAAAAAAAAAAAAAAAAAAAAAAAAAAAAAAAAAAAAAAACUUCCUUGUCUUGUUCUUUUCAUUAAGGCUAUUUUUUUUUCUUUUGGGGGGGGGGAUUUAGAGCUUGUAUAUUUCUGGGCACUCCUGAAAUAUCAUGAGUUUAUAAAAGAUGCAUUAUGUAUUGUAGUUCUCCCCUUUUUAAGGUACAUAAAAAAGUGAUAUUGAUGUAAACCCAUUAAUCAGUUCAUGUGCUGCAGAUAAUUUAUAGCUGGUUUUUGUUUCUUGAUAUAAUUUCUUAAACAUUGGGAUAGUAGCAAUUUUUCUGCUAAUAUGUUACUUUUGCCUGUUGUGCACCCAAAGAUAAGUUGUGGCUUUUUUAAAAUCAAAUACAGCAGAUACAUAUUUCUAAGCCAACUGGAAUUUUUCCUUAUUUUUUAAAAAUUGUAUUCUUUUAUUUAUCUAUUAGAGGUAGUUUAUCUCUAGUUAAAAGGAUCCCUGAAAGAAUUUUAUCUUUUGAGAUUUUGAUUUUUCCCACAUAUUCUUUGUUCAAUAUUCAACACAGGGACUUAAAUUAUUACUACUGUCAUAGUUUUUAAUUUCAUAUUUAUUCUUAUUGAGAAUAUUUUAGUAUGUGAAAUGUCUUCGUUAUUUUUAAUGAUUUCUGUUGUCAAUAAAUGUAUUUCAAAAGUAAUUCUGAAAUUGAGAGAUGAAACCCAAAUGUGGGAAGAUAUGAUAUCUCCAUUAUUUAAUAGGGGAAGACGGGAAAUUAAACAAGAUCUAAUGUAUUUAAUUAGAAUAACUGAUAUCUAAUAAAUACUGUUCAUACAUUAUCAUAUUAAAACUUAUUUAACUAGUUCUAAAAAUAGAAACAGGGCAAUAUGAAUAGGUAUAAAAUUAUGAUAUCUAUUAUUUUAUUUUUUAUGGUAAUGCAGAGAUAUUUUUAAUUAAUGCAGUUUUAAUUUUACUGUGUUUUAAGAGAGUGGUGUAAUUCCCUUUUCUUAGAGGGAUAAAAAAUAUGCAAAAUGUAGAUCAUUCUAUAUCGUUCAUUUCCGUCAAAUGUGUAUAGCCUGUCUCUCUUGGAUGACUAUCUGAACUUACCUGUUUAUUUUAAAUUGAAGUGUUUUAUUAAUACAAAAUAAUACCUAAAUCACAUUAGCUUUGUUAAUUUAGAUUGAUUACAUUUUGUGUGAUGUUCUCUGAAAUAUUACUCAUGGUCUUUCUUUAAAUUUUUAGCUAAAAUAUAUUGAAUAGUGAAUAAUGUAGCUUAAAAUCGUUAUCAAAAUAUAAUAUUAAAACAUAGUGCUUUUCACAUAGUAUUUAAAUUGGUUUUUGAAUAUAUUACUACAUUCAGUAAAAGGCAUAUUACUGGGUUCUCAGAUGACAUUUCUUGAGAUAUGUUGAUGUAUUCUGUCAAAUGUUUGAAGAGCUUUGUUUUGUGUACUCCUGAAAAUGUGUUUUUGAAAUUAUUGUAGAAUGUAGUUAUGAGAAAGGACAUUGUGUUACAUGUGAAUGUGUUUAAUUCUAGAAUUUUUAUGGGCUGUAUAUGAAUGUUUGUGAAAAGUCUGGAUAAUUUAACAAGUAGUAUCUAAAUGCAUAAGUAAUAGUUGGGCAUUUAUUUAUAUUCAGUCUUCCUGAAAAUAAAUGGCAUUUUAGUUCAUUAAAAAAUUAGAAUUUUUAUUAAUACAUGAUAAAGGUAAUAAUUCAUUUAAAGUACACAUGCAACAACUACUUAUAAGUCUGAUGAAAAUAUAUUCAUGUUAUAAACAAAAGAUUAAUUGUAUUAAUCGAGAGAUCAUAUACAUUUAUAUAAAAAAAUUAUAAUUCAGUAAAGAAACUCUUCAAAAAAUCAGAAUUUUAAACAACCAUUAAAACACUUAUGUGAUAAGUAGUGACAUAAUCAUUAAAGUACAUUUUAUUGAUGUAAAUAUUUGGAAUGCAGUAAAAUUAACUUUUUUCAAUUAAUCAAAAUUUUCUUUUUGUGGUCCAUCAGUUUUGGUAUAUUGAAAUUUGACUGUGUAUGUGUAACCAGCAUUAAAAUGAUGCUUGAAAUUAUGAUUUUGCAUUUAAUGGCUAGUAUUUUUUAAUUUAUGAAACAAUAAAUUUCCAUGUGUAUUUAAGAUACUUACAAAAUGGAUAAAUUAAAACAUGCUACUAAAAAUGAACUAUGUUUAAUAUUUAUUCCUAAUACAAAAUAAAUUAAAUAUUUACUAUUUUUGUUUUUCCACUCCAUAAUAAUUUUAAAAUGGCUUUCUUCUAUUGUAAGCAUUUGUUUAUCCUGAGAAAAAGUUACUUUGAAAGUUAAAAUUAAAGAUUAUUUCAAUUAAUACAGAUAGCAUUUGUUUUUGAGAAUAUGUGAAAAUUUCAAAUUUUUCCGAGAUCUAUUGUUACAUUCUUAUGCUUUCAUCAUUUCGACUGAAGUCAUGAUAUAUGUUAUAUUUUAGAUCAUAAUUAGUGUAUUGUCAGCUAAAUUUACAGUUUGAUGUAAUUGCAUUCUUUCAAAAUUUUAUGCUGCUUAAUUAAGAAUACGUUUGCCGGAAAGUCCUAGAAAGAUUUUUUCGUGCUAUUAUGUGUUCCAUUUAAGUAUGCAUGUUUGAUGUAUAAUUAUUGUUUAUCUUUGUGUUAUAGAUUAGGAAGAAUAUUUACUAUUUAUGUUUUAACUAUCCUGUGUUCAUUUACUGAUAUAAGCACAGAAGAGGGUAUGUAGUUUUUCGAGAAAAUAUUGUUUCCCUCAGUGUUUCAUAAUUUUUUUAUUAAAUGUUGUAUAAUUGUUGACGUAAAAUAUAUAUAUAUCCAAUGUUUAUUACAACAGUUAGGCUAGUUUUAUUAUUAAAAUUGUAAAAUAGUGUAGCUUUAUUCUUUUAUGCAGUGUGUUCAUGUUUUUUUUUUUUUUUUUUAAAUUUUUUUAAAUGAUUGUUUCAGCUAUAAGUUCAAGCUAAUAUCCCAAAGAUAUAUGGUGUAUUGAAUGGGAUUAAAGAACAGGGAAAAUAAGUAAUUAUGCUAAUGUAAUGUGUAAUCAUAUUUCAGUUAUUUUUAUGGUAUUGUGAAAAAGGCUCGUGUUAACUUUCUUUAAAAACAAAUUACAUGUGUAUAAUUUUCUUCAUCCUGCUUGUAAAUUAAAUUUAACUUACAAAAAA